AUGCAUUCUCCUCGUCGACUCGACAGCUCGUCGACGGCGCUUCUCCCGGCGUUGCGCUGCGGGGUCCUUGGGAUCCUGGCGCUUCCCGCGCUUAGCCAUGGUGGUCGACUUGCCGUGGGAGGCACUUUGGGNACUACGGCCCUCAGAAGACCCAGGACCGCGAAUCUCUUGUCUUCCUGGGAUGCAUUCUCCUCGUCGACUCGACAGCUCGUCGACGGCGCUUCUCCCGGCGUUGCGCUGCGGGGUCCUUGGGAUCCUGGCGCUUCCCGCGCUUAGCCAUGGUGGUCGACUUGCCGUGGGAGGCACUUUGGGGUGUUGUGGGUGUUGUCUAGGUGUGGUGUGAUGAAGGCAGCACGCGUGACCGGUGUCUGCAUCGGCUGCCCGGAAGAAGCGGGGCAUUUUUCCCCGGAACCGUGAAAGGAGCAAGCCCCAAAAAAUCCCGGCUCUCUGGUUUCACGUUUUCGGGGGAAAAGGCCCCCAUACAAAUGUAGUCGUAUUCUAUAUGUAUUCAAGAAAAACGGUUCAGUGAAAUGUGCCGACGAGAACGUGCAAAGAUGUCACCAUGCACAACAUACUACUGCUGCCGUUCACCUGUCGCCGUCCUUCCACGUCUACCUGUCCAUGACACAUGCUGCCACUUGAUGCGGCAACAUCUGGGAACAGCACGGACACAGGGAGUAUCCCCGUACCCUUACGCACAACCUCUCAUUCCUCCCUUGUCGAACACAAAUGAUGCAACAUGCAUGAAAUGAUGAACUCUGUCUAUACUUACAAGUAUGGUCCACGCUGCCUACAAAUGGGAGAGGUAGCCAUACCUCCUGCCUACACACGGACGAGAGAGGUGAACACACCCACUGCAUUUAACACACACCCACAUGUCGGUUAUGAAACCUCAUCAACCACACGCCUCUAUCGGCGACCACGUCAUCAGGAGGCAAUGAUGAGAAAUGUUCUCCCGUGCCCUUCUCACAUUUAACGACAUGAAAUUCCACAACAUAGCAUAUAUGAGACACACAAGACAGCUACCAAACUGAUCUUUUGAGCCUGUCAACCGAGAGUUGUCCCUAUAUGCUGACUAGGAAAUCGUAGACAUACAGGUAGUUUUCUCUGACCCUAUGAUUCCAUUGUUAAUCUGUCUCUUGACUCUUUUCUAUAAUAGAGAUGGCACAUCAGCCGCACAUACUCCGCACAUACGCAUACAAAACUGAGAAUAUGUUUGUAAACUGAUGGAGAUUGCAUGUCCUACAACGAACAGGGUGCGACACACAAAACGCCCGACUACCCAACAGUACCCAACACCUUUCGUCUGCACCUUCCCAACAUAACAUAUAUGAGACACACAAGACAGCUACCAAACUGAUUUGUUGAGCCUGUUACCCACAGGGAAGAUGUCCCUAUAUGCU